AUGUCGACUACAGUAAUGCAAACAUCCACGGCGGAAGCGUCGUCCACUUUUGUGGCUGCAGACUAUACCCCAGGCCCUGAUUUCAUGGGCUGGUAUCUGUCCGUAACGCCAGCAUCACCUGUAACUUGCGGCAAUGGAGGUGUCUACCAUACCACCUUCCUUACGCCCGAGGGUUAUACAACUGGAUAUGAUUUUGGAGCAUGUUCUUAUACGGAUAACGGAAACUACCCCACGGCCUGCAGCGAUGGAACAUUGCUAUACAACGAUGGCGGCUUCGGUGCCUGUGCGAGUUCUCUCACGUGCGGUGAAAUCAGUAUCUACCCCACAGACCACGCAGCAGAUGAAUAUAUCACCUGGGCAUACCAAUGCUUCCAGCGCGGGGAUUCCAUAAGCCUCUGUCGCACCCUACCUGCCGAAUAUGACAAGUCAACUGUCGCAGCUGCAACCACCAAUGCCGGCAUGAAUCCUUCACCAUCUGCCACAGAAACCCCGGGCAUUACAUCUACAUCUACAUCCAUAUCCACAUCCAGUCCCGACUACGACCCAUCCAGCUCCGCCGGCUCCUCCGGCUCCUCCGGAAUAUCAGGCGGCGCAAUCGGUGGAAUAGUAGUCGGAUGCAUCGCAGGCGUUGUGAUUCUCCUGUUUCUCCUCUUCCGAAAGAGAAUCAUGGCUUGUUUUGGUCGCGGUAAACCUCCAGGUGGUGAUGAUGGUCCAUACUGGUCGCCAGUGCCACCGCAGACUGAGUCUGUAUCACACACAGAUCAUUCAACGAUGCCACCUUCUGAAAUGCCGUCCGAGCAGAAUGCAAUUCAUGAAAUGGAGACGCAAAUACCCCAUGAGAUUGGCUCAUCAACUUCUCCACCAAUGCAAGAAAAGAUCGUUCAUGAGCUUGGUUAA